GGGAACAGUCCCAGUACACUACGGCUUGGAGUUGACACAACAAUCUACUGACUUUAAAAACGAUUGUGUUCUAAUAAAAAAAAAAGUUAGCAAAAUAAUAUGACAAUUAUCUGACGUGCUAUUUAGUAGAACUUGUCAAUGUGUAGUUGAGGCAGAUUAUUUUCUAAAAAUGAAAAAAAACGUAAAGAGUCUGCGAAAUCUCGCCAUGGGGUUGAUGGUUGUUACCCUGUGUAUCACGGUCCAGGAGUCGGAAUCAGCGGCGUGUCAUGGAUGUGCAACGGGAUCAAGGUGUGACUGCAGCGGAGUGAAAGGAGUCAAGGGUGAAAGGGGGUUUCCAGGACUACAGGGUCAGCUGGGUGUACCGGGGUUCCCCGGACCUGAGGGGCCCAUCGGUGGCAGGGGAGAGAAGGGUAGUGACGGACCUUCAGGGACUGGAGGUCCAAAAGGGAUAAGAGGACCUCCCGGACUGCCUGGAUUCCCCGGAACACCAGGAAUUCCAGGUCUCCCGGGACAGGAUGGCCCCCCAGGCCCCAAAGGAACUGCAGGCUGCAACGGGACUAAGGGUGAGCGAGGAUUUCCAGGAAGUCCAGGCUUCCCCGGACUGGAGGGUCGAUUGGGUCCACCUGGUUUUCCAGGACAAAAGGGAGACCCAGGUGACAUCAUCAGAUCUGAACGUUUCGGACAGAUAGGAGGUGCAGGUCUGCCUGGUCUGCCUGGCGUUCCUGGUGACCAAGGCCUCUCGGGAUUGUCCGGUCCUACCGGCCCUCCCGGCCCCAGAGGUUAUGAGGGUCGUCCCGGGCCUCCUGGUCUUCCUGGUCCAAAGGGAAACAUGGGGUUGAACUUCCAAGGUCCCAAAGGAGAUAAGGGUAAUUCAGGUCUGCAGGGACCUCCCGGACCACCAGGACAAGUUGGGGAGCAAACAAGACCCUCAGUGUCGAGUAUUCAGAAAGGAGAAACGGGUGAUCAAGGUUUACCUGGUCCACCUGGUGAUCCUGGUUAUCCUGGACCCCCUGGUUCGUCUGGUGGUUUGAAGGGAGAGAAAGGAGAAAACGGAGAAGCAGGCAAAAGGGGCAAACCGGGGAAAGAUGGAGACCCAGGUCCUGCUGGAUUCCCUGGUAGUAAGGGAGACCCAGGUGGGCCAGGUCUGCCAGGUCGGGAUGGUGACAGGGGUUCCAAAGGUGACCGUGGAUAUCCUGGACGCCCAGGCGUGCAGGUGAGCAAUGGUCCACCUACAGUUGGUCCUAAAGGAGAAUCUGGGCGUCCUGGGGAGACGGGAAGGAAAGGAGACAGAGGACAGCCUGGUCUUUCGGGUCCUCCAGGUCAACCAGGGACCACAGGUAUCGGAGGUGGAGGCCAGCCCGGUUUACCAGGCUUCCCAGGAGAGAGGGGCCAGAAGGGAGACGAGGGCCAGCCAGCCAUCUCCAUCCCCGGGAACCCAGGACGAGGUGGCGCCCCUGGUCUGCAGGGACCUCCAGGACCUCCUGGGCCCCCAGGGGUCUCCAAUGGGGGUAUUAACUGUAUAGGAGGGGGCCCCGGGUUACCAGGACAACAAGGCAAUAUAGGAUUCCAAGGAGAGACCGGACAGAAAGGUGAGAAGGGAGACACCUGCGUUAACUGUUUCUCCAGAGGCAACAGUGUCCCUGGAGCACGAGGCCCUCCCGGACCUCCUGGGUUCCCAGGUGGACCUGGAGGACCAGGGGCUAAAGGUGACAGAGGAUUCCCAGGCGGCCCAGGGCCCUCAGGUUCUUCUGGUUUGCCCGGUCCCCAGGGUGCUCCUGGUUUCCCAGGAGAGAAGGGUGACCCAGGUGAGGCUACCGCUGUGAAUGGGGUGAGCGGAGACAAGGGAGACACAGGGUUUCCAGGACCCGCUGGCCUGCCUGGUCUGGACGGAAGACCUGGUCGCGAUGGAGGUCCUGGAGCUCCUGGAGCCAAAGGAUCAUCUGGAUCUCUAUUAGUGAAGGGUCAGCGAGGACCUCCAGGUGAGCCCGGUUUGCAGGGUCUCCCAGGUGACAGGGGUGCCACCGGAUCCCCAGGCUUCGGCCCCCAGGGGCCCCCCGGAGAGAAGGGUGUCCAAGGUGUCUCAGGGAGAACGGGAACACCUGGAGCACCAGGAGGUAAAGGGGAGCCGGGUCAGACGGUAGCAGAGAAGGGCCUCCCAGGACCCCGAGGACAGGAUGGAGACCCCGGUCUACCUGGAAACCCAGGUAACCCCGGCGGGCCAGGACAGCCCGGUUUCCCCGGGUCACCAGGUCCCAAGGGUGAUCCCGGCCUCUCUGGCAUCGGACUGCCAGGACCCCCCGGAGCUAAAGGAUUCCCUGGCUCAUCUGGUUUGCCAGGUGGUCCCGGAGGUCCAGGUAGACCAGGUGUGGACGGGUUCCCCGGACAGCCAGGUGCACCUGGAGCUAAGGGAGAGCCAGGCUUUGGGCUGUCAGGUCCCCAGGGCUCACCAGGCUUCCCCGGAGAUAAAGGAUUACCUGGACCCAAAGGAGACUCUGGUUUCCCUGGCAACCCCGGCUUGCCAGGACGAUCCGGCUUUGACGGCGGCCCUGGUGCCAAAGGUGACUCUGGUAUCCCUGGUAGAACCGGAGAUCGUGGCCCUCAAGGAUUACCCUCCAUCGGCUCUCAGGGUGUCCCCGGCCCUGUCGGACCCCCAGGACCUAUUGGUGCUCCAGGAUACUCAGGCAACAAUGGAGAGAAGGGAGACCCCGGUCUUCCUGGCCCGGGCAUUACAGGGUUGCCAGGAGACAGAGGAAGUCCCGGUUUCCCCGGCAGCCCCGGGGGAGUUGGACCUCAGGGUAACCCCGGUGGCCCUGGCCGCGAUGGAAUACCUGGCCUGCCUGGUGGUAAAGGAGACAUGGGUGUAAUGGGAACUCCUGGAUCUCUGGGAACCCCUGGCAACCCCGGAGGGCCCGGCUUCCCUGGACCUAAAGGUGACGAUGGUUUCCCAGGGCGACCAGGUGGGACCGGCAGUCCAGGUCUGAAGGGAGACAGGGGAGACCCCGGUCUCGUAGGACUCCCCGGGCCCAGCAACUCUCCCCCUUCAAUCAAGGGAGCCAAAGGAGAUGCAGGAGAACCAGGUUUGCGAGGUCAGCCGGGUCAGAAGGGUAUUUCCGGUCUCCCUGGAGAUGCUGGUAUACCAGGACAGGAUGGAAGACCUGGGUUACCUGGACCUCAAGGUCCCAAAGGAGACAUGGGUAUCCCUGGAGGCUCAGGCUCACCAGGAAGCCAAGGACUUAAAGGCAACAUGGGAGAGAUGGGCUUCCCAGGACCCACAGGAGCGAAAGGAACUCCAGGUCAGCUAGGUCGGUCAGGCGUACCCGGUAGUUCAGGAGCACCAGGGUUCCCCGGAGCUAAAGGAGACCCAGGUUCCCCCGGAUUUGGUGCCACAGGAGCUACAGGUCCCAAGGGUGAGCCUGGUCGGUCGGGAUUCCCCGGACAAAAUGGAGUGAAAGGAACUCCCGGAACACCAGGGCUUCCAGGGUUUCCCGGUGGCCCCGGAGCCAAAGGCGACCCCGGCCUCCCAGGAUUCCAAGGUUCUCCCGGUAUUCCCGGGCCUAAGGGUCUGGACGGUACCCCUGGUAACCCCGGUCUCGCCGGAGGCCCCGGGCGACCAGGAGAGAAUGGCCGUGCCGGAUCACCUGGGUUCCCAGGCGACAAGGGUCAGGCAGGUCGCGACGGAAUCCCUGGACCAGCGGGAGUCAAAGGAGACCAAGGUCUUUCUGGUUUCGGCGGCCCAGGUUCUCCUGGUCUCCCAGGGUCACCAGGUGCUAAGGGAGAUUUUGGCGCCCCUGGUCUUCCAGGUAACCCUGGGUUCCCCGGUCAGAAGGGAGAGAUGGGCUUCCCCGGCCAACCUGGGUCCCCCGGGAGCAUCGGGCCCCCUGGUGCCACAGGUGUGGCCCUCCAGGGGCCAAAGGGUAACAGUGGAUCCCCCGGCCCCCCUGGAAGAGGAGGUCCUCCUGGCCCGGAGGGUCCUCGUGGCCUUGGGGGCAGCGGAGGGACCAAAGGUGAGAAGGGAAUCCCUGGAUCUUCCGGAUCCCCUGGUUUCCCCGGAGCGAAGGGAGAAUUGGGAUCGCCCGGAUUCCCAGGUAUUCCUGGCCCUCCUGGUGGCAGCGGGCUGAAGGGAGACAUUGGACUUCCCGGCGUUCCCGGAUUCCCAGGACUAAAGGGAGAAUCUGGAAGCCCUGGAUCAUCCGGUCUGCCUGGAGAUCCUGGAGAUCCUGGUCCUGCUGGAAACCAAGGUGACCCAGGUGUCGCUGCGACCCCCAUCAUGCUGAAGGGAGAACGUGGCCCCCCUGGCCCUUCAGGUCUGCCAGGCAACCGUGGCUCCCAAGGACCCCCCGGACAGGAGGGACGCUCAGGUCAGCCCGGUCAACCAGGGGACCCCGGUCCUGAAGGAUCCCCAGGAUUCAGUGGAGCCUUCGGCCGCAAGGGAGACUCUGGACCCGCCGGACAGCCAGGUCAGCGUGGGUACCCAGGUCCCACUGGUUCAGAUGGUCAGCAGGGUCCCCCAGGUAACCCCGGCUCAGCCUCUGUGACCCAUGGCUUCCUGAUCUCGAGACACAGCCAGGCUGAAUAUGUCCCUACCUGCCCCGAAGGGACCAGCCUCAUCUACGACGGGUUCUCUCUGCUCUACGUACAGGGAAACGAGAGGGCACACGGACAGGACCUAGGUACUGCUGGUAGUUGCCUGCGUCGGUUCAGCACCAUGCCAUUCAUGUUCUGUAACAUCAACAACGUGUGUAACUUCGCCUCCCGUAACGACUACUCCUAUUGGCUGUCUACACCCAUGCCCAUGCCCAUGAGUAUGGCACCUAUCACCGGAGAAGGCAUCAAACCUUUCAUCAGCAGGUGUGCAGUGUGUGAGGCCCCUGCCAUGGUGAUCGCUGUACACAGUCAAACCAUUCAGAUCCCCACCUGCCCCAGCUACUGGGAACCACUGUGGAUCGGAUACUCCUUCAUGAUGCACACCAGUGCAGGUGCUGAGGGCUCUGGUCAGGCUCUGGCCUCUCCUGGCUCCUGUCUAGAGGAGUUCCGGAGCUCUCCCUUCAUCGAGUGUCACGGCCGAGGGACCUGCAACUACUAUGGCAACACAUACAGCUUCUGGCUGGCCACUGUCGACCAAUCAGAAAUGUUCAGGAAGCCACAGUCAGAGACGCUGAAGGCAGGUAACCUAUCGACGCGCAUUAGCCGCUGUGUGGUCUGUAUGAAGAGGACGUAACAGCGCGGUGGCAACCGUUGCCGGGGACGACCGACAACGACAAUGGCGGCAGGCGGGCGGAGUGGGGGUGAUGUUGACGUCUCCGUGAGAACAAGGUGGAACUCCAAUGGUGCAUUGUCUUCCGGAAACAGCAACUUCAUUGGUGCUACUGUGCAACACAGCAAGAAAAGAAAAAAUGUUGAUAAAAUGAAUUUAUUUAAUCUUUUAUUCUUUUUACUUACCUCAAGUACGUCAAAAAGAAACACACAAAAUCCACAAAAGGUGCCAUGGUGAAUGUGUGACAAAAGUGCAUUUUGUUGAAAUUUUUUCUGUAUUUCGCAGAGAAUAUAUAUAUAUAUAUAUAUAAAGUGUUAUCAAUAAUGGUAACACUUCAUUUUAAGGGGUCCUUAUUACAGUGUAAUUAAAUGUGUAAUUGCGCUGUAUCAAAUAUUGUAUUUAAUUGUAAUAACUCAUAGUUACACUGUAAUAACAACAUGUAACUGGUGAUAAUUUCAGUCUGUAAUUACAGGGGUGUAACAACAAAUGCUUGUUACCAUGCUUGUUACCAUGCUUGUUACCGUGCUUACCAUGCUUGUUACCAUGCUUGUCACCAUGCUUGUUACCGUGCUUACCAUGCUUGUUACCAUGCUUGUUACCGUGCUUACCAUGCUUACCAUGCUUACCAUGCUUGUUACCAUGCUUGUUACCAUGCUUACUAUGCUUGUUACCAUGCUUGUUACCAUGCUUGUUACCAUGCUUGUUACCGUGCUUGAUACCAUGCUUGUUACCAUGCUUGUUACCGUGUUUGUUACCGUGCUUACCAUGCUUGUUACCAUGCUUGUUACCAUGCUUGUUACCAUGCUUGUUACCAUGCUUACCAUGCUGACCAUGCUUGUUACCAUGCUUGUUACCAUGCUUGUUACCAUGCUUGUUACCAUGCUUACUAUGCUUGUUACCAUGCUUGUUACCAUGCUUGUUACCAUGCUUGUUACCGUGUUUGUUACCGUGCUUACCAUGCUUGUUACCAUGCUUGUUACCAUGCUUGUUACCAUGCUUGUUACCAUGCUUACAAUGCUUGUUACCAUGCUUGUUACCGUGCUUGUUACCGUGUUUACCAUGCUUGUUACCAUGCUUGUUACCGUGCUUGUUACCGUGUUUACCAUGCUUGUUACCGUGCUUGUUACCGUGCUUACCAUGCUUGUUACCAUGCUUGUUACCAUGCUUGUUACCGUGCUUGUUACCGUGUUUACCAUGCUUGUUACCGUGCUUGUUACCGUGUUUACCAUGCUUGUUACCAUGCUUGUUACCGUGCUUGUUACCGUGUUUACCAUGCUUGUUACCAUGCUUGUUACCGUGUUUACCAUGCUUGUUACCGUGCAUGUUACCGUGUUUACCAUGCUUGUUACCAUGCUUGUUACCGUGCUUGUUACCGUGUUUACCAUGCUUGUUACCAUGCUUGUUACCGUGCUUGUUACCGUGUUUACCAUGCUUGUUACCAUGCUUGUUACCGUGCAUGUUACCGUGUUUACCGUGCUUGUUACCGUGUUUACCAUGCUUGUUACAAAUGGGAAAGUCUCCACUAAAUUCACCAAUAAGUGUUAACUGUCACAAGGUUGUAAUCUCUUCUGGACAGAUGUUCUGGAUCCAAGAUUACAACGUUUGGAGGCUCAAUAGGCUCUAAUUACCUACCCGUGUUGGCGCACACUUCAAAAUCUCCGCUCGUUGUUGUUAGCAGUUUCCCCCAAAAAAGUGUAUCAACUUGGUUGAGUUUCCAAAAAACAGAUCAGGUAUAGGACAACCUCACUGACUGGAGUCUACCAUAUGGGUGUCCAUACCGGAUUAUAAUAUAUAUUUUUACUUACAAUGAUUGUGUAUGUUGUCCAUUAUGUGGGAGGAUAAACCCACGAGUACACCGCGGACUACAUAUAGUAUAAGUACAAGUACAAUGUAAUUACUGUUACAAAGGAUUUCAGAACGUUAAAAUGAAGUGUAUCUUGAUGGAUACUUACUUGUAAUUAACGUGUACUUAUAUAGUACAUUGCCCAUCCCGACAGCUUGGACCUCAUUAUAACGCUUCUGGAAGCACCAUCAAAGUGAGGAAAUAAACACACUAGUACACAACAGAGUACAUGUAAUAUAUGUAUAAGUACAAUGUAAUUAUUUCUGCUAGCUAAUCCAAAAAAAUCUCAACAGAUUGCAUGGAAAGUCUAUUCCGUAGAUGGUAUAAAAAAAACGAGCUAGCUAGCCUAGUUGGUAGGCCCAAUAAAAACGCCAGCUAACAUUUGCUAGCUAGCUAGCUAGCCAACACAAGGCGAGCUAACAUUUGCUAGCUAGCUAGCUAGCCAACACAAGGCCAGCUAACUACCUAUGUUAAAUGUUCCUCAACGGCAAAACCCUUGCAAAGUUACAUGAUGGAAUAAGAGUUUGUCUUAUGACCAUUUUAAGUGCAUUUAUAAACCCUUAUUCAACCAAGCUUAAUAGGCUUUGGCACGAAUGACCAUAACUGUUUAUGCGUCUAAAAAUGUUUAAUUGCGGGUUAAAGUAAUUGACCAAUUGUCAAAUGCACCAUUAAAUAAUGUAAACAAUGUUUUUGAUGUGAACCAUUUGGGAACCCUUUGUUGCCGUUGGACCUGGGUAUCAGACUCCAGAUCUUUUUUUGCAGAGUUGUGUCAAUGUAGUGGUCGGUUUUUAAUUGGCUAACACUUAUCACGUGGUUUGUGCAGGCUGAAAUAUGGUGCGUUGGGAUACUUUCGGAAACUGUAACAUCUAUAACAAGCAUGGUAACAACCAUUUGUUGUUACACCCCUGUGUGUAACAACAAUUACCACCAGUUACAUAUUGUUAUCACAGUGUAACUAACUAUAAGUUAGUUAUUACAAUUAACUACAAUAUUUGAUACAGUGUAAUUACAUAUGUGAUUACACUGUAAUAAGGACCCAUUAAAAUGAAAUGUUACCAAAAUAAUACAUGUGGAUUUUUGGUUAUUGGCACAGACGAGGUACAUCAUUUUGUUUUUAGACAGAUGUGCUAUUUUUUUUAGUUUUUAGUAUUUUUUGUUUUGUUGUUACCAAAUCGGCACUUUGACCUCGGAACAUCAAAGAGAACAGAUGCACUGAUGAGCUUUCUUAGCGAGACUGAUUAUUUUCUAGGCUUACAUUUUUUUUAUGAAUCUUUCCAUUGUUCUUUUUUAUAAAAAAUAAUAAUUCUCCUUGGUGCUAUUAACUAACACUGCUGUGUCUCUCCCAGCCUGUUAACUACUGGCCUUAUUUCUCUUCAUGUAAGUAAUUCAAUGUGUAUAUUAUGUAAGACAUAAAAUAGGUAUUUAGCUAUAAUACGAAUUUCUGGGCUAUUUUUGUUUGUUCACUCUGCUUCACUCAUUGCAUUGAUUCAUGGAUUCAUUCAUUCACUCACAAAUAUUGUACAAAGUAUGGCAUCAAUAAAUGAAACAGUAUUUUAUAUAUAUAUAUAGAAAAAAAGUAUAAUUAUAUCAACUUUAUUUAGAUACGGGCGUGAGAUUUUUUCAUCAUUCAUUUAUUUUAUCUCCAAAAGGUCGUCAUUUUUUUUCCCAUUUCACAAAACUAUUGACUGUUGUCCUCCUCCUGACAACAAAAGUGUUUCCCGGUCAACCAAUCAAAGACCCUAUCCUAUGAUGAUGUACUGUGUAUGAUAAAUCCAAUCACUCAAGCUUUUGUAUUCGAUUUUUACUAGUAAUCUAUCGUUGAAUGCAAUAAUAGGUUGAUAAUUAAAUCCACUCCACACCUUAAUAGAAAAUGACUCAAGUAAAAAGUGAUAGUCACUCAAUAAAAUACUACUUGAGUAAUAGUCUAAAAGUAUUUGGUUUUAAAUAAAUCAUUUCAAAUUCCUUAUAUUAAGUAAACCAGAAGGCACAAUUCUCUUUUUUUUUUUCUUUUUUUUACGGGUACCCAGGGGCACACUCCAACACUCAGACAUCAUUUACAAACUAAGCAUGUGUGUUUAGUGAGUCUACCAGAUCAGAGGCAGUAGGGAUGACCGGGGAUGUUUUCUUGAAAGGGCCGUGAAUUGGACCAUAUUCCUGUCGAAAUGUAAGGAGUACUUUUGGGUGGCAGGGAAAAUAUAUGGAGUAAAAAAUACAUGAUUUUCUUUAGGAAUGUAGUCGAGUAAAAGUUGUCAAAAAUAUAAAUUGUAAAGUACAGAUACCAAAACAAAAAACUUUAUAAGUAGUACUUUAAAGUAUUUUUAAUUAAGUAUUUUACACCACCGAUUCACAUCUUUACUCUGGUCUACGUUGUCCCACUAUGAACUGCCGGUAGUACGUUACGUAUUGUUAUGUACUGCAAGAAUAGAAUUUGAUAGAAUUUGGUCUAUUCUUUCUUUUUCUAUUCUUCAGCCAAUGAGGAGAGCUGUAUGGGAUGAUUCUUCCUGUGAUGUUUUUCCAAGCUCCUUUUUCAUUAUUAUUGUAAUGUACUUCUGGGGUGUGAAAAAAUUAUAUUAAUUUCAGAAAUCUAUUGUUGUUUUUGUUUAUUUCAUGUUAUAUUAUUCAGAAGUUGUUAUAAACUUUCAAGACUGAAAAAUAAACCCAAAGUCCGUC